GUCUAUUUCGGCGCAUAAUAUUCCUCCCGGUGCGGAGGGACGCUCAGUUUCGCGCGGGCAGGUGUGCGCUCCACCGAUGCGGCGCCCCUAGCACCAUGGAGCGCCGUCGCGCGCGCCUCGACCUCGCCGACCCCAUGACCAAGACGGUGCGCCGCCGCGAUAAGCCGCGCGAGCGAUGGCUGCUCACGCGCAAGACGUGGCGCUACAUGGCCGACGCCGGCCGCCGGCUCGUGCCCGACGGCGCCGGCGGCCGCACCGACGACGUACCGCGCCUCGAGGCCUACUUUCAGGAAGUGUGCGCCCGCGAGCCGCGCUUCCUGCUGCUGCGCAAAAGCUCCUACCCUGGCGUGCUGCCCAAGCCGCGCCGCAAGAAGCGGGCGCGCGGCGGCUCCGUGCGCGCGCGCUCUCCCUCAGACGACGCGCCGCCGCCACCCGCACGGCCCACCGACCUGUACAUUCCGCACACGUCUGGUGGCCGCUUCGACAUAGCCAAGCUCCGCCGGGAGUUCUUCGCGCCACAGCCGCCGCCCUCGCCCUCCGCCUGCCCGCCGGCCGGGGCCACGUUCAACAGUGCGUUCAGGAACGCGUUUCCCCGACCGGCGCCCGCGGAAGACGCCGACGGAGCGCUGGUUGAUUUACUUCGCAAGUACCUGAAAUUAGAGGACGACAAGGGCCCGGCUCCUCGACUCCCCGAGUCCGAGGAGCUCCUGAACGCCUUACGGAAUUAUCUGAAAAGGCAGUCGGAGCGCGGUCCCUUGGACUCCGACGGGGACCCGGCGCAGAGGAUACUGCGCGAGAACCUCGGUAGAUACUACCAGCGGUCCGCCACUAGAGACAAUACAGUGCAAGAUUUGUUAAGCGAUAGGAAUUUGUUGAAAAAACUGUAUAAUGAUCUCCGUAAAACAAAGCCGUAUCGCGGCGGUCGAGGCGGCGCCGGCGCCGGCGCCGGUCCAAGUGGCUUCGGGUUCUCCGUUGGGUUCAGUGGGACUAAUUCUCGGAGCGUGUUUCGCGGUCGACACGUCGGUGUCUCAAAGUUUAACGAUGAGGACUAUUCGCAGUCGCCGCCGAUGUCGCCACCGCCUCUCAUUGAGGUGCUGUGUGAGUCGCUGGAGGAGCGGCUGGUGGACGCGGGCACGCAAACGGCUCCAAUCCGCGAAGAGGUGCUGCUGGAGAUUGAACGCGCUUACAAGGAGAAGCUUGAAGCUGCUACGACCCCGACCAGCCCUACAAGUCCGCCAGCCGAGAGGCGGCCGCGGCGCCGCUCGAGCGUCGACCACGACGACGUCUCCCAGUCGGUCAGUGACACAAUCAAGCGAUACCUGAGGAUGGCUCGCAAAAAGAGUGUAGACUCCGAUAAGGCUGAUCGCUUUAAGCGUAUAAACUAUGACAAGAAUCUCCGGAACAUUAAGCCACGCCCCCCAGGCGAAGUGGACGACGACGGGCCUCACAAGGGCUGCCAGACAGAUGAGGGCUGGAUACUGACGUACCGGGAGCUUCAGUUUGCAUCAGUGGCGUCGACACCGUCGUCGCCGCCGUCCCCGUCUCAGUCGCACUCGUUUCUGUCAACGCUGCUCGGUCGCAGCACCGUAGGGGCCCCGCUGACCUCGCCCGUGCCCGCAGGUGGCAUGCAGAAGUCGCGGUCCUCGAGCAGCGUGGUGCAGAGCGUGAGCAAGCGGCUGUGGCGCACGCGCAGCCGCUCAUCCAGUCGCGUGGCCGCCGCCUGGACUCCUCAGGGCAGUUGUUGCUGGGCAGACGGCAGCGGGCGCGCCGUGCGGCUGUCCGACACGUCGCUGCUGACGCUCAGCGAGGUGGAGCGGCGGGCGCUUCAGCAGGCAGCGCUGGCGAGGCUUCAGCAGUUCAACCUGGGCACUCCUAUCAAAAUACCGGAGGAUAACACGGCACCAGUUGCUACCAAACCGAAGAGAAGAGCGUACUUGCUGAAGAGGAAGGCGUUGACCACGGGUUUCUUUGACCAGAGCCGGACCAAGGAUGGAGAUAAGGAGAAAGAACCCAUGGGCAACGUGUUCGGCGUGCCCCUGACACAGUGCGUGGAGACCGAACGUGCCCUGCGCCGUCACGGAGGCUCCAGGGCCUCACUGGCGUCGCUCAGCACGCUGGAGAAGGGAGAUGAUAGUGAAUCCUGCGACUCUGGUGAAUGGGGUUGGUCGGGAUUGGAAGAAGGUGGUGGUGGGCCAAAAGUGCCGGCCAUAGUAUCUGCUUGCCUCGCUCAUCUGAGAAGACACGCUCUUCACACUGUGGGCCUCUUCAGAGUGUCGUCCUCUAAAAAGAGGGUUAGACAGCUUCGUGAAGAGUGGGAGAGGGGACAAGAAACGGCGUUGGACGCCGCUGUAAGCCCACACGACGUUGCAGCCCUAUUAAAAGAAUUCCUGAGGGAUCUACCCGAUCCUUUACUGUGCAAAGAUCUCUACCCUGCUUUUCUACAAACACAAAAAAUCCGCAACCGCCACCUGCAGUGGGAGACGUUGCGGCUGAUCGUGCAACUGCUGCCAGCAGCACAUCGCGACACGUUGGGCGCGCUGCUGGCCUUCCUGGCGCAGCUGGCGGGCAACGCGGACGACGACCGCGAGCCCGGCAACAAGAUGACUGCCGCCAACCUGGCCACCAUCUUCGCGCCCAAUAUUCUACACCGGAACAAUCCCAAUGACCCCGCCAGUGCCGAACAACUGCUCUCGGAAAGAACAGACGUUAUUAACGUGGUGCGGCAACUGGUGGAGCGGCACACGGAACUGUGGACGCUGCCCGCUGACCUGUUGCAUGAAGCAUACAUACACCUCGCGCAUUCUGCGCCUACGCACCUCGACUCGCUACUAUUGAGGAGGGCAGAAUGUGCAGCGGAAGCCAACGCAAACGUAGAGGGUGCAAAGCGGCUCUGGUCUCGCGAGAGCUUUCUUCACGCAGCCGCGAACACAGCAACGCUUGCUACCUCACCUAAUGCUAGGGGGGAGAGAUCAAGCCGGCCACGCGCCGCCUCUGAUACAUCCUCUGCAUCUUUCUCUUCUACCAUCACGCUUCUCACCAGCAGAGUACGCAGUAGUGAAGAGCGCGGCAGUAGCGGCAUUGUCAGUUCACCGCCACGGGACUCGGCGCCAGACUCCAACGACUCUGCCAGUGACUACAAUGAAACUGGCAAUGUGUCAGAGGAUGACUGCGUGAUCACCGCUUCCCUUCAUAUCCCGGCCAUCAGGCCGCGGCGGCGCUCCACCUCGGGUUCCUCCUCGUCUGCGAAGAGGGAUUCUGCCGUGGGGUCCUCGGCCGCAUCCCCCUCGCCUGCGUCCAGCGCAUCGCCCUCCGCGAGUCCACCUCCGCGGCCAGAGCGACCGGAGCGGCGGCACGCUGAUAUCGAGAGGCUCGUGGCGUUUGGAAGAGAACGAAACACUUCCGACGCCCGAGCCGUCGUCGUGAAGCAACAUGAUGAAACCACUGUCACACGCACACGUGUGUCUUCCAGACAAGAACAAACAGUUAGAAGAGAAGAAAUACAUAACAUUAGGAAAGAGGACAAUCCUCGGAGAGAAGACCACAAUAUCAGAAGAGAUGAUCCAAUUACAAGAAGAAUUGAAAACGCUUUCAACAAAAGAGAUGACCAUAGCACGAGAAUAGAACAAAACAUUAGGAUGAAUGAUCAUAAUGUUAGGAGAGACGAUCAAAAUAUUAGGAGAGAAGAUCAAACAGUCAGGAGAGAAGAGAGGAGAGAAGGAACCAUGCUGUACAAAAGGGGCGAGCUCAUAUCAAGCGCUCAGACCCGCCCAACAUGACACAUUGUAUACAUACACGCUUUUAUACAUAAACGUCUAUUUAUCA